UAUAAUUUUAGUCUAUCUUUAUUUAUAAAUUAUUCAUGAAUGCAUUGUAAUAACACAGUCCAGUAUCACGUGAAUUAAUACAGUUAUGUAAAUGUAUGAAAAUUGACAGAGGUUUAGUUGAAUCACAUUGAGAGUUAUUACAAGCUUCACAUCUCUGCAUAUAUGUAUUAUAGAUUUUAACUGUGUGGUAAGUGUCAUAUUUAUUGAAAAGUUGUGAGUUACCGAUUGUUCUCGUCUUGGAUAUAUCGCACUACGUCAAGCGUAACUGUCCACCGAUACAACAGCAUGUUGAAAUGGAGUGGCCGUAUUUCUGUGUCAUUUACGGUGGGCAUUUUCUUCGGUUUUGUGGCCACCUACUGGUCUAUGUCCUCCGACAGGGCUCAUGACAAGAAAACAUGGAUUAAGUCGUCGAAAUUUGUCCCGGACGACCCUUUCAGCCAUCAAGAGCCGGUGGGAGACGAUGCGGGACCGAGAGACCCCGUUAAGUGGCACGACGAAGAAAUGCACGACUCCGACCCAGACUCGCCCGCCAGGAAACUUUACAAUGAGGUGAAAGUCCUAUGCUGGGUGAUGACAUCCCCAGAUAACUUUGAGUCGAAGGCGCAGCAUGUCAAGGCCACGUGGGGCAAGCGGUGCAAUAAACUCCUCUUCAUGAGCUCCAAGGCUGACCUCCUCCUUCCCGUCAUCAAACUCCCAGUGGGAGAAGGAAGGUCGAAUUUGUGGCGAAAAACUCGUGAGGCUUUCAAGUAUGUCUAUGAGCACCACUUCAAAGACUUUGACUGGUUUUUCAAGGUGGACGAUGACACUUUUGUUGUGAUGGAAAACUUACGCUUGUUGUUGAAACGUUUCGUCCCAGACAAGCCUUAUUACAUAGGCAGGCGGUUCAAGCCUUAUAUUGAUCAGGGUUACAUGAGUGGUGGUGCCGGGUACGUCUUAAGCAAGGCCGCCCUGGAGCUCUUUGUGGUCAAGGGACUGGACGACACGUCUAAAUGUCCAGGUGGGACUGGACCAGAAGACCUCAACAUGGGAGUUUGCAUGGAGAAACUUGGGGUGAUGGCGUUGGACAGCAGGGACAAGUUGGGUCGGGAAACGUUCCAUCCAUUUCAACCAGAACAUGUGCUGAUACCUAAUUAUAUUCCAAGAGGCAACUGGAUAUUUACCUAUUCUUAUUAUCCUUAUAAAGAGGGUCCAGAGUGUUGCAGUGACUACGCCAUCUCAUUUCACUAUAUCUCUCCCAAUAUGAUGUAUGUGAUGGAAUACUUGAUCUACCAUUUAAGACCACAUGGUGUCAGCACCAAGCUGGUCCUCCCACAGGAAGGACACACAGACAGACUCACACAGCAGGGGGUCCAAGACAAGCCAUCAGUGGUUGAUGGAAAAUCUGAACAGGAUUUAGACAAAGGCGCUUUAGACAAAAAGACAGACUCUCAAAGUGCUAGUGAUAAAGCAAGAGAGGAUGUAGAAGAUAAACAGGAUAACAGGUUGAAGAAAGAAGAAAAUCAACAGGGUGAAAUAAAGUUUAAAAAUGCAGGCGACUCACAUACAUUGGGCAAAAAUUCUCCUGAGAAACUAGUGAAAAUUGUGUCAAAAUCUGUAAAUCAACAUGGCAGUUAGUAGCUUUAGGUGGCAGCUUGAUGGACCAUUUUAUAGAGUAGGGUGGGUGGUGAAAUUUCCUAGACAUCUCCUUACCAUCCCUACUGUACACUCAUACUACAUACACAAACACACACAAAGACUAAAACAUGGAAGCACAUGUAAAAGUCAAACACACAUGCAUGCUUAUACAUGUGAGCCAACAUGUGAAUCCCCAUGUUUGAACCACUCAUAUUUACCUUGUAGUAUCUUCAUGCUGGUGUCAGUUUACAGCCCAGUAAUUUAUUGUUUUAAAGUGGUGAAUGAUGUUGAAUUAGGCAUUGCAUUUUUGGUCUACCUUGUUAUGGUCUUGACACAAUGUUCCCAAAGAUGGAAAAAUACACUGUCACCAUUGUUACAGUUAGGUGGAAUUCACAUGCCUUUAGUUAGCAACCAGCAAGUUGGGUAAUGCCAUAAAAUAUAUCAUCUCACAAAGCAUGACACGUUUAACAUAGAAGUCAGUGUAAUCCACCAUAGUUGUUCAGUACUGUCACUCCAACUCCCCGUUACAAAGGUAAAGUGCCCAACUGACAGACCAUAACAAUGUAGUUUUUACUUUAUGUAAAUUCCCAUGUCUUGGAAAUCUCUUUUGAAAAAGGUGAUCAUUCCAGCUAGAUCAUCAGUAUAUUUUUUGAAAAUUGAACUUUCAGGGUGUACUUUGUGUAAUGCUUCUCAUAUGCAACUGUGUGAAGCUUAAAAAAAUUAAUUUAUUCAAACCAUCAGAUGCUUGUAUACGGGACCAGCAUGUGACAUGUUAUCUCUUCCAAGAAUUGUGAUGAUUUUGUAAAAUUAUUAUCUUGAGUGUAAGGACAAUAUAGGCAGCUAUAUGAAUUUUUUUAAAAUGAAACUGUUAACAUAUUUAGCAGUGAAGAUGUGGAGUAAUCUUUCUAAAUGAGACAUAUUGGUGUAACUUAUGAAGUUAGCUGUACAUACAGAAAUAUUUUAAACACUAUUUUUAAUGUAUAUUUAUAUUGUAUAAUUAAAUGUUAAAAAUAUUUACAGAAAAAGUUGAACAUGUCCAAAUGAAGUACAAUGGUUUAUUUUGCUGAUUAAUGCAAGGUGCCCAAAGUUCUAUAUCCGUUUUGUAAUGUGCCCGCUUUUCUUGUAUUAAAAGGGCGACUUUUCUGAAAGCAAGCAAAGAUUUGAAAGUAAAAAAAAAGGAUGUUGCUACAUAUCAGAAUCAAGUCAAUGUUGUGGUUCCUCUUUUAAAGUUGCCUGGUGAAAGGGGGAUAUUUGACGUACACGUUAUUUUUUAACAAAGAAAAAAUUAAGUAGUUGAAGAAGAAAUUGACUUUAGUAAGAAAAUAAUUUCGUCAAUGAACUAUAAUUGAAAAAAUAUAUAUAUUACAUAUUUAUGAGGUAUGUAAGAUGCUGUGUAUACACCUAUCAAAAAACAAAUAAUAAAUUUGACUCGCUUUACGAGUUAAUGAUGGUUAAAAAUUGCUUUGAGUUUAUAUCCCGUGCACAGUACUCUGUAGACUUAGAACGAAAACUGUUGCCUAUUUUCAUUUGGAUACUCAGACAACAGUAUAGGCCAUGUAGGCAUUAAUUUACUACUCAUUUAAUAUAAAGAAACUCGCUCUGUGCAGACAGAAUUAAGAGCAACCCAUAAGGGGUGCCUGCAAAAAUCCUUGAGGAAAUUUGAAAAAGAAAAAAAAACUGCAGUAUAUCAUAUGCAAUGAUGGCUAAAAAAAUCAACACAGUCUGCAAAGCUCUACUUAAACGUAAAUUUACAUGUAUUUUUGUAUUUGCAAGUGAUUUAUUCUAAUUACAUGUAUGUUAAUGAGUGUGUUUGGAAGGUGCUUCGUCAUCAUUGUGUGUCAAACGUC